AUGCCCGUCGCCGUUGCGUCGAGGUCAUCGGCCGCCGGUCGUGCUCCUCGCGAGUCUGUCGAAAAGCCGCGUCGAGAGAUCACCGACCCUACUCUCAUUGCUCUGCACGCCUCGAUCCCCCCUCACUUUCAGCAGGCUCAGCACAGCCCUGCCAACCAUCGAAAGAACAUCGUAUCACUGCACCACAUUCACCUCAAAGUGUCCACCAUCGUAGAGCCUGCAUCGGAUGGUCGUGUGAGGCCGAUUGGCGAGAAGGCAUUCAACGAAGUCUUCAUCGGCUGCCUCGAUCGUGUUCUGCCCAUCAAAAAGGGCGUGGCCAACGCAGACCGCAUCUGCAAGUUUGUCGCCGGCUACGUCACAUAUGCGCAGGAACAGUUCCGGCUUCAGGCUCGCGCCGAGAAGGCUGAAUCUAGGAAGGCUGCAGGACUGUCCGAGGACGAGGACGAAGACGAGGAAGAGGAGGACACCACAGCCACUCGAUUUACCUCACUGCUGCUCAAGCAUCUUCUCAAAGGAUCCGUGUCCAAGAACAAGAGUGUGCGACUUCGCUGCUGCGGCUGCAUCGCGCUUCUCAUCAAUGGCCUCGAAGCACUCGACGAGAAGCUCUUCCAGACGCUCAAGUCUUUCAUGCUCAAUCGUGCAAGGGAUAAGGAGUCCGCUGUACGUGUACAGGCGGUCAUCGCAUUGACCAAGCUCCAGACAACAGACGAUGACGACGACGAGGACUCGGAAGAGAUCAAAAACGUCCUCGUCGAGACGCUUCGAUUCGACCCCAGCGCCGAUGUGCGUCGUGCCGCUCUCUUCAAUCUCACCCCCAAUGAGGAUAACAUGCCGCUGCUUCUCGAACGCCUGCGCGAUAUCGAUGCCAUCAAUCGCCGCUGCGUCUAUCUCGGAAGCCUUUCGACGCUCUUGAGGGCGCAGAGCAAGGCCCUCGAAGGUGCCGCCUCUUCGCAGGCCGGUCCAUCCCGUCUCGGCCUCGACAUCGACUCGGCUGGCGAGGUUGUCCGUAUCGGUAUGGGCGAACGAGAGCCUAGCGUCAAGCGCACUGCGCAGAAGCUCGUCCUUGCUUGGUUCGACGCCUGCGGUGGUGAUCUCGUCGUUUUCCUCAAUCAAUUCGACGUCGUCAUGUCCAAGCACAUCGAGGCUGCACUUCUGAGCAUCUUGGAGAGUCGCCCGAGCCUGGUUGCUCAGGUUUCGUUCGAUGCCGACGAGUUCUGGGCCAAUCUGUCGCCGUCCACUGCUUUCCUUGCCCGCGUCUUCGUCGACUACUUUAAGCGCACCAAGAACGACCGUCGUCUCGAAGAGUGCCUGCCCGUCGUCACCGCCCUGGCUUUCCGCAUCCAGAAGGAGUACGGCGAGCUGGUUCAGCUCAUCCAGCAAUACAAUGCAAUCGUCAACAGUGCGCUCGUCCCCGAAGACGAGGCCGAAAUUGCGGCCUUCACCAUCCGCAACAAGACCUUUGUCGUCUCUCAGCUGCUGGGCAUCGGCCUCGCUUCGGACUACGGCGACGAGGCCGGCCGCAACAAGAUGUUCGGUCUGGUCCGAGAGAUGAUCUCUGACAUCGAGCUUCCUGAGGAUCUCGUGCCCGGAUGCCUCGACGUGCUUCUCAAGCUCACCACUCAAAAGGACUUCAUGCGCAUCAUUGUCGAGAUCGUGCUGGAUCUUGGCGACGAGGAUGAGGCUGAGGCGCUCGAAUACGACGAGAGCCAAAUCGACGACACGAUGAGCAUCGAUGGCACUCCGCUCGCGCGCAAGAAGCCGCGCAAGUCGCUCAAGGUCAAGGAGACUUCGGCACAGGAUGCGCUCGUGACCGAGCAUCGCUGCCUCACGAUCGUGCGAGCUAUGUUGGAGCGCGUCGUCGGCGCUCUUCACGAGAACACGGCUUUCCACGGUCUCAUCCCGCAGCUGAUUGCUCCUGCGGUGCGUUCCAAAGACGCACCGGUACGCGAGCUGGGACUGAUGUGCCUUGCGCUUUGCUGCCUGCUCGACAAGAACCUGGCGCUGGAAUCAUUCCCGCUCUUCAUCGAUCAGAUCCAACGCGCGGAGGGCAAGAUCAAGUUGACCGCGGUGCAAGCGGUGUUUGACCUGCUCAUCAACCAUACCAUUCCCUACCUCUGUUCUCGCAAUCCGGCAGGAAAGGAGAUGGCGAGACGUCAGAUCAUCUCGUACCUGCUCAGCUUGCUCGAGGACGAGGAUCCGACCAUCCAGAGCGCAGCCUGCGAGGGUAUGGCCAAGCUCAUGCUGACCGGCAUGGUGGAUGAUGACGAAGCGCUCAAGAGUCUGGUGCUGAUCUACAUGUCGCCCGAGACUGUCGACAACCAAGAGCUUCGACAGUGUCUGUCGUACUUCCUUCCCGUCUACUGCGGAUCCUCGAGCCGAAACCAGCGUCGUCUGCAAAGGGUGUUUGUUUCGGUGCUGCAGGUGCUCACCGAGGUGUAUGAGGAGAAGGACGAGGAUCAGGAGAUGGUGACGCCUACGCAGGUAGGGUUGCAGCUGCUCGACUGGUCGGAUCCGGACAAGGUCAUGAUGCGUCCCGGUCAGGUGCGCGACGAGACGGUGCACAUCGACGUGGCGAUCGAGCUGAUCAAAGCCAUGUACACGAUCGAAGACACCAAGGAUUGCAAGGAUCGCAAAGUCAUGUGCCAGCUGCUGGGUAAGCUGUACCUCCCGGAAGAGCUGGAGGAUGUCAAGGUGCAGGAGGUGCUGAUCUUGCUGACGGGUCUGCACGAGCUCAACGAGAUCACGGAUACGGUGACCAGGAACGCGCUGGCUAGGUUUGAGGCUGCUUUCGCCAAAGCGUAUGCUGCACAGGUGGAGGCGGGGCUGGGUGGGCUGGGAGUCGAAGCGACGCCGGCUUUGGAGGGAUUGAAGAGCUUCUUUGGUGCGAUUCGGGUGGAUGUGGAGGAGGUGAUCGAUGCGUAUGCUCAUUCGUCGAUCAAGUCGGCGAGCAAGUCGAGUCGCAAAUCGACCUCGAAGGGUGCUGCUUCGGCUCGCUCCUCAGAAGCUGCUUCGAGGAAGAAGAGUCGUAAGUCAAGGGAUGGCAGCGAUGAGGACGACGAGGAGGAAGAGCAGGAUGAGGACGAGGAUGAAGAGGAUGACGAGUAG